AUGGCCGACCAGUCUUCACCAGCACCGACGUCCAACACUACCUCAGCCCCGUCUUUCCGAGAUCAUCUUACGCAAGAAGAUCUCGAAGAACCACCCGCAUACAGCCCCCGCCCGGAUGCCUACACCGGCGAGACGACCGUAGAAUAUGGUCCUUCACGACCAUUUCAGCCAGCCCCUACACAACCCCGCCAAUCAAAUUCAAACUGGCUUGCAGCACCUACUUCGCCACCACCACAAUCUGGCCAACGAUCACCUGGGAGUCUGAUGUCUUUAAUAAACCAGAUAACGGGGGAAUUAACAACACAAUUGACUAUGGCGAGGAACAGUGCUGUUGCUGCGCGGAAUGAGGCGUUGGCUGGCUCUCAGCGUACGGGAAGUAAUGGACAGUGGAAUUCGUACCCAGGUCAAAGUCAAAGGGGUCACCUUGCUUCGCCUCCGCCACAACACCCUGCUUACUCGCUACAACACUCGUCUUCCUCUUCACUGCAUCCCCCGCCGAAUUUACCACCCCGAUCGAAUUUGUUGCCACCCCCACCCCGACACCCUUCGUCUUCUGUGACUAAUUUUACGAGACCUGUAUCUGAUAGCAUGACACCGCCUCUCCCGCCUAGGAGGAGGCACUCGUCCGAGUUCGCAAGGGAUUUUUAUGCCGCUGGACCAUUGGAGGCGGUGUCGAACCCCGAUGUAGGGUCCGCGUCUGGGUCUGAGUCGGGGGUACGGCACACGAGGUCCGUGAGCGAGAGUGGAGGGAGUAGCAGUGCUAGUAGAAACGGGGCAGCGACCGAUUGGGGCGGGGAUGAUGGUCGACCGACAACAACACCUACGCCUGGGCAUCCGUUAUUGCACAAUGGGAAGUUGUUGGUAUACCCGAAAGGAUAUGAGUGUAAUAAAUGCCACAACACAGGCUACAAAUCCAACGACCCCUUAAACCCAUGCAAAAAGUGCUGGGGGAAGCACGCAAAACCAUUCACGGGCCCACUCGUAUACGCGUCUUUCUCCGGCCCUGACGCGACGGGGAACUUCCAGCGUCCGCUCCCUGCGCAGAGUCACAGCUCACAUUCAAGGAACACCCUAACGAAAAAUUCUCGUCCGCCAUCUGGGACUGGCGCAUCUUCUCAGGCUAGUAGUUCUAGCGGAUACAACCCCACCUACAUCUCCCCACCACCACCUCCCGUACCCUACCCUCCAAACGUAAACGUACCCCACCCAUCUACACCCAACCCAAACGUACCCUACCCGCCCAACAUAUCCUACCCCAGUCGGAAUGGUCCGCCCCCUGGUGCGGUGGUGUAUACUUCUGGAGACCCAAGGUUGGGUGGGAGGCUUUGUUGGCGGUGUGAUGGGAGGGGGAGCGUUAGUUUUAUGUUGUUUGAUAGGGAGACAUGUACGACUUGUGGUGGGGUUGGGAGGGUGUUUGAUUGA